AAAUGGAUAUGAGACAAUAAAUUAACUUUAGCUAAUUUCUUUCCUCAUUAUGAUUUCCCAUUUUUUUUUUUAGAGAUUAUUUGCCUUUGUCUCUCCCGUCCAAAGAAAAGUACACAAAUAUGGCUAACUAUACCACAGUGACUGAAUUCUUGCUUUUGGGAUUUUCUGAUGUGUGGGAGCUCAGAGUCUUACAUGCCAUGUUAUUCUUACUGAUGUACUUGACAACCUUGAUAGGAAACCUUCUCAUUGUCACAGUAACCACUUUUGACAAGAGUCUUCACACCCCCAUGUAUUUCUACCUUAGGAAUCUGUCUGUCCUGGACAUGUGCUACAUUUCUGUCACUGUCCCCAAGGCAUGUGUGAUCUUGCUGCUUAACAACAGGGUGAUCUCUAUUGCUGGAUGUGCAGCUCAGAUCUUCCUUGUAAUUUCGUGUGCUGCUGCUGAACUGCUAUUCCUCACCAUCAUGGCCUAUGACUGCUACAUGGCCAUCUGCCAUCCCCUUCACUACCCUGUGAUCAUGAACCCUCGUGUCUGUGUCCAGAUGACACUGGCGUCUGUAUUCAGUGGUCUGAUUUAUGCAGGUGUGCACACUAGCAACACAUUCUGGUUGUCCUUCUGUCAGUCUAACGUGAUCCAUCAGUUCUUUUGUGAUAUCCCCUCUUUGUUGAAGCUGUCCUGCUCUGAUACCUUCAUCAAUGAGGUUGUAAUAUUUUUCUCUGCAGUAGUAAUUGUAGGUGGCUUUUUUUCCUUCAUCAUCAUGACUUAUAUUCGCAUAUUUUCUGCUGUGCUCAAGCUUCCAACCAGAAGAGAGAGAGGAAAGACAUUUUCCACCUGUGUACCUCACAUCCUCGUGGUGACUGUCUUUGUCAGCUCAGUUUUUGUUGUGUAUAUGAAUCCAACCUUCAACUCUCCAACAAUUCAAGACAUGAUCAUUUCUGUAUUCUACUCUAUAGUCCCUCCUUUCCUAAAUCCUAUCAUCUAUAGCCUUAGGAACAAGCAGAUAAAGGAGGCUGUAAGGAGAACUAUGAGAAGGAUACUGUAUUCAGAAAAACAAUAAGAUCAUUAAUUAAAGGCAUUGCUACUUUGAUGGAUAGUGUUGAAAAUUUUUUCAAAAUUAGAUUCUUUGCCUAAUUUCAAAAUUUGGGAACUUGAUAUCUAAGUGACAGUCAAUAUAUUGUAUGUCAGCCCAGAAACAAUGCUUUUAUUUUUAGUUGUUGUGGUCUAGAAAUUGCUAUGUAAGUAUUUACAUAUGAUUGACAUUUAAAUCAAUUGAACUUUUGGAAACCCUGGUGGCAUAGUUAAGAGCUAUGCCUACUAACCAAAAGAUCCUCAGUUUGAAUCCACCAGGUGCUCCUUAGAAACCCUAUGCAGCAGUUCUACUCUGUCCUGGAGGGUUGCUAUGAAUCAGAAUUGAUGUGAUGGGAUCAGGCUUGGGUUUUUGUUUUUUGCUUUUAACAUUUAAAUCAAUUGAAUUUAAGUAAACUGUAUUACUCUCCACAACCCAAUCAGUUGAAGGUCUUAGGAGCAAAAACUGAGGUUUCCCAAGGGAGAAUAAUUUUGCCUAAGACUGUAAAUAGAUAUUUUUUUCCAGAAUUUUCAGCACACCACCUGGUCUAUCAAUUUCAGACACAAGGCUUUUGGUGGUUCCAACCAGUUGCAUUAGCUACAUGUUUCAGACAGAACACUUCCAGAGUUUCAAGGCAGUCACCUCACCUAAGGAUAUUGGACUUGCUAGCCCUACAAUCACACUGACCAUUUACCUGAGAUCUC